GGCCUGCCCUCCGAAGUAUUCCAUUGCGGUUGAUUGACUUCCAUUCUGGACCAUUCACCCCCUUCAUAAUCAUUGACAACGGACAGCCUUGCAAGUCCCGGACGGCGAGUACCUACCGCAGACAACACCCUCAUUCCUUCCGCCAGCAGCACAUCAUGAGCAGUCCAGCGGCGCGGAUGCUGGAUAUUCGUCGGGCGCCAUGGGAAGGCGACCUGCGAGCUGAGAUCGUAGAGGGUCUCCAGGCAGAGCCCGCCCGGCUGCCCCCGUUGCUCUUGUGGGAUGACGAGGGCCUCCGGCUGUUCGGCGCCCUGGCACAGUCCACGCCCUAUUAUCCCGGCAGAAAGGAGCGAGAGAUCCUCAAGCAUCAGUCUGCGUCCAUCGUGUCGCAGAUCCCAUCGGGGACCGUGCUUAUUGAAUUUGGCUGCGGUGAUCUCGACAAGACGCGCAUGCUCCUCCACGCCAUGAACCAGCAGCACCGUGCGGUCUCCUACUAUGCCCUGGAUGUAUCGGCCGAGGAGCUGUCGGGCAGCCUGGACGCCCUGGAGCAGGAGUUUGCGGGCGCCGCCUCCAUUGAGAUCCGCGGGCUCCAUGGGACAUAUGAGGACUGUGUCCACUGGAUUGCCCAAGGUGUCUCCCUGGGAAAGCUCGUCACCUUCCUCUGGAUGGGAAACAGCAUGACCAACGGCGGACCCGUGGGUGCUCAGGCGGUCUUACAACAGGCAGCCGCGGCCUGUCAACGCAAUGGACUCGGCUUUCAAUUCCUCGUGUCGUGCGAUGCGUGCCAGGAUCCAGAGCGUCUGAUGGCCGCGUACGAUCCAGCGCAGCCACCCCUGCGGGACUUUAUUCUCCACGGGCUAGACCACGCCAAUCGGGCGCUGCAACGACCGGUCUUUCAGCCGGCGGACUGGACCGUUCACGUGCAGUAUGAUGCCAGACACGCGAUGGUGGACGUGUCCUACGUGCCUGUCCGUGAGCUGGUCUUCCAUGUGGAAGACAAACGACCGCCGGUGUCCUUGCAAGCGGGCACCAAGAUCCGGGCCAUCACGAGCGGGAAAUGGUCCCCUGAACAGAUGGCUGCGGUAGCACACGGCGCGCAAUUGCAGGUAGAGCGCACCUGGAUGGACGACGACGGGAUCUACGCCUUCUAUCUCCUCUGCCCGCAUGCUCCGGCCCAAUCCACCGAUCCUUUUCGUAAGGACGAGUCCAGGACGUCCAUGCCCCGAGGAAGUGUCACCCGCUCACCAAACCCUGUCGUCAUCGAAACCGCCGACGCGUGCUAGAUUGGAGUGGCGCCUGGGGGUUGUUGUUGUUCUCAUUGUUGCCCUACCAGUUGACCUUGCCCUAACUCCCGAGAAGCACUUGCCAGGGGAGUGUUGUAGUCUUGAACCAAGAUAGAAUGUACCGCCCAGCUGAAAUGGUUAUUAUUUGAUCCUGAAGAUCCAGAAAAGAAAAGCAAUGCGUAAUUCACAUCCCGCGGAACCUUUUUUAAUGAGCAAUCAGCAUGAAAUAGGCCGACAAUUG